AUGAUUACUACAAAUAGAGAUUUGAUUUCAUCAACAACAGAUUCAGCUGAAUACUCUCAAAAUAUUUAGCUUUCAAAAAGAAAAAUUGGCAAUAAACAUUUCUCUUAAAGUCUAUUUGCCUUAAGAAAAUAAGACUUAAUUAAUAAAAGAAGCUCAUCUUAUUAUUCACCUAAUAUAAGCAUUUCUAAAAUUAAACCAAUUAUUGAUUAUCGUUCAAUAUUUUAACAAAAUACUAAAAAAUUGAUAAUAAUUCUUAGCUUUUUUGAUUCACUCUCAUAAUAUUCAAAGGAACAACUAAGAUAGCGAAUUGAAUAUUUCAAAUCCAAAAAAAAAAACAUCUUACCAUUUUAUCCAGAUCAAUACUUAAUAAUUAAAUGGAAUUAAUUCAUUUAAUUCUUAUUAUUUUUUUAUGCCAUUAUAUUUCCAUCACAUAUGGCUAAUCAAAUUGAUGUAUAAUAAAUUUUAUUAAUAAUUGAUGCAAUUUUUGCAUUUGAUAUAUUGAUGAAUAUCAUAACAGCAUAUAUAGAUGAAAAUUAUAAUUUGGUUACCGAAUUUAAAUUGAUAUUCCUCCAUUAUAUCAAAACUUGGAUGGUUUUUGAUAUUAUUUCAUUACCAUAAUAUUAAUUCUUAAUUCAACAAUCAGAACUAUAAUUAUUUAAACUUUUAAGAUUAAUUAAAUACUUUAUUAAGAAACCCUAAAGAAAUUAUAAAGGAUAAAUAUUUGAUACAAAUAUCAUAAAUGAUUCUUUUUCUCAAAAUAAUAAUUAUUAACUCUCAGAAGGAUGGAUAUUUUUAUUAAAUGUAAUUUUGAAUGCAUUAUUACUAAUUCAUAUAUUUGGAUGCAUUUUUUUAUUUCAUGAUAAUGGUUUUAAUUAUAUAACAAGUGUUUAUUGGUCAUCAUAAACCUUAUUUACAGUUGGUUAUGGUGACAUACCUUAAAAUUAUUAAAUAUCUGUUAUUUGGAUUAUUAUUUCUAUUGGAUAUUAUUCUGUAAAAAUAGGUGAUUUUGCUAAAUUAUUAAUGCAAUCUAAUCUAUCUAAUGAUGAUAAUCAAUAUUAUUUAUUUGAUCGUUUAGCAUUGUAGACUAAAAUGCCAGAUGAACUUAGAGAACUAAUCUAAAAAUAUAUUAGAACAAAUGCUUUACACAAUUUAUUCUGGGAAUAAGAAAUCAUUUAUAUGGUCAAUGAAUUCCAUAAACCUAUCUAAACUUAUUUCACUUUAAGUGUAAUGUUAGACUUAUGCAUUAAAAUUUAAUUCUUUUUAUAAGAUGUUAAUCAUACUUAAAAUCUUUUAAAAUCAUGCAGGUUUAUAAUUUAUGAGAAAAAUGAAAUUAUUUAUAGAAAAGGAUAAAUCUCUGAUGAAAUCUAUUACUUAAUCAAAGGAGAUGUGAGGAUACUAUCUAAAAAUAGAUUUAAUAUUUUAACUAUAUUAUAAGGUACCAUAUUUGGAGAAUUUGAAGCAUUAAAUGAGUAACCUAGAUUCACUUAUGCUAUUGCAAAAUAAAGAUCUUAUGUUUUAAUUGUUUAAUUUAAAUUCUUUAUUUAAUGUUUUAAACAAAGUAAACUCAUUAAUUUCGAAGUUUCCUAAUUGUAUGCAAGAAGAAAAUAAUUAAUACUUUAAUAGUUUAAACUUGAAAAAAGUAUAAAAAUAAUUAAUUUAGAUAAAAAGUUGAAUUGCAAAGAUUGAAACGAAAAAAUGUAAUCAUUUUUUAAGAUAAUGACAUUUCACCAGAAUUUAGUAAAAAUAAAAUUGAUGAAAAUUAAUUAUAAACUAAUUAAUCUUUUAAUUAUAACUUUUUGUAAAAAAUAAUUGGGUAAGCUAAAUUAAAUAAAAAAAUUAUUUAUUAGAGAUUUUAAUUUUGUGUCAAUAGAGUGAUCGAUUAUUUAAGGUAAAUAGAUAUAACUCCACCUGAAGAUUGGAAAGAAUUAAAUCAAUACCAUAUAAUCACCAAAGUCAUACCAUUAAAAUUAUUAUAAUAAAGAAAUAAACUCUUUAGACAAUAAAAUAGAUAAUCAAACUUUUCAAUUUUACCAUUUAAUAAGAAACUACAACUAUCUAAUUAUAUCUUAGUCAGAUAAUAAGAAAUAAACAUUCAAAGGAAAAUCAUACUCUUUAGUAAGAUAUAAAGAGAAAGGUUCUUGCCUUUGAAAUAAAUAAUUUAGAACAGAUUUGCCAAUUAAUAAUCUGAGGCAAACAUUCACAAUAUUAAUAAUUCCUCUAUUUCAAAGAUUGUUUUGUUGUAAUCCAAAUAUAGAUAAAGUAAAAAUGUUAAAUAUAAUGGGGAAAUUAAAGUUAAGGCAAAUAUUCUAUAAACAUUAUCAAAACUUAAAUAAGAUUUAUAAUAAAUAAAUGAUAUUUGGUUAUAAGGAUCUUUGAUUAAAUUCGAUUUACAUAAAUUUUUGAAUUAAAACUGA